AUGUUCAAAUUCACAAGUAUAUGGCUUAGAGGAGCCAAAGAGUUUGGUUCACAAGCAUCAAGAACCAGCAAGGCCUCGAUGAGAUGGGCAUCUACAUACAAGAGAUUCAAUAAUACUAAAUCAAGUUCAAAUAUUCUACAAGAUCCAACGUAUAGAAAAUAUGCAGCAGGGGUUUUAGGUCUUGGUGGUGUAUUCUAUGUGACACAUCUUGAAGAAGCACCUGUUACAGGAAGAAGAAGAUUCAUAUGGUCAACUGAAGGAUUAGAGAAAUGGGUUGGAGAUAGAUCUUACAGACAAGUACUAGCAGAAAAUAGAGGACAUAUAUUACCUCCACACCAUCCAUUAUCCGUCAAAGUCUCCAAUGUUUUCGAAAAAAUAUUAAAAGUGAGUCCUAUUGAUGAAUCACAUUUAGAUUGGAAAGUUCAUAUUGUUAAUGAUCCUCGUGCUCCACCAAAUGCUUUCGUUCUCCCUGGAGGAAAAGUAUUUGUUUUCAGUUCAAUCUUAAACAUUUGUCAAAAUGAUGAUGGAUUAGCAACUGUCUUAUCACAUGAAUUCGCCCAUCAAUUGGCUAGACAUACUGGUGAAAAUUUAUCUAAAACCCCGAUAUAUGCUGCAUUAGGUAUUUUCUUAUAUGCAUUGACAGGAGCUGAUUUUUUCAACAGUUUAUUGAUAAAUACUAUCAUUAAAAUGCCUGCAUCAAGAGCAAUGGAGACUGAAGCUGAUUAUAUCGGGUUAAUGUUGAUGUCUGAAGCAUGUUAUGAUCCAAAUGAAUCUUAUAAACUAUGGGAAAGAAUGGCGAACUGGGAAAAAGGUCGUGGGGUUCAUCAGCCAGAAUUUAUGUCAACACAUCCAGGAACUGAAACAAGAAUACAGAAUAUGAGAAGCUGGCUACCUGAAGCUGAAGAAAGAAGGGCAAAAUCACAUUGUGGACAGUUUACAAGUUUCUACGAUUUUGGACGUGGACGUGAAAUAUUUUGA